AUGGCAAGCAUCGAGGCAACAUCUCAGGGGCCAACUACUAGGAGCCGAGCCCAUCACCAACGCACUGGCUCGCGGGAGGAGCCCUAUAGCCUUGAGGAGCGCAUGGACCGCAUGGAGGACGCGGUGGAACGCAUGCAUGAGGCUGUAGAGGGCAUGGACACUCGCGUGGUAGAGCUAGAGGGUGAUGUAAAGAGGCUGCGAAGAGAGUUCCAAGGGGCCCUAAAUGAGGGAUUCGACCGGCUUUCCAAGGAGUCAUCAGAGCGAGACGAUGCCCUUGAGGCCAUGAUCGUGGCAUUGAGGCAAGAAGUGGAGGAACUUCCCCUCAUAGUGGCCUUGCGGAAGGAGGUUGAGGAGCUCAGGGAGGAGCUCGAGAGGUGCAAAACCGCCGUAGGAAGGGGUGUGCUAGCGAGCAUGCCGACCACAAAGGUGGACGUGCCAAAGCCCAAAGAGUUCAAGGGGACGCGUUCUGCCAAGGAGGUGGACAACUUCCUAUGGGGCAUGGAGCAAUAUCUCCGGGCAUCUAACAUCACUGACGAGGCAACCAAGGUGAGCACCGCUUCCAUGUACUUGGUUGAUAUUGCCUUGUUAUGGUGGAGAAGGAGGGCAGCGGCCACUCCUGCUAUUGAGACUUGGGAGGACUUCAAGAAGGAGUUCAAAACCCAAUUCUACCCGGAGUAUGCCGAGGAUGAUGCUCGGGCCAAGCUGCGGAGGCUCACUCAGCGGGGCGAGGUGAGGGAGUAUGUGCGCGAGUUCUCCGAGCUCAUGCUCCAAAUAUCCGACCUAGACAUGAAGGAGGCAAAGUUCAUGUUCUUGGACGGGCUUAAGCCAUGGGCUAAGCAAGAGCUUCAACGAAGAGGAGUUGAAGACUUAAACCAAGCAAUGACCGUGGCCGAGUCAUUGAUCGAAUUCAAAAGGCCCGAGAAGACCAACACGCCCAAGGAGAAAGGCAAGGGCAAAGUUGGGGGAGACCGGGACAAGUCGAGCAAGGGAGGCUCGGGUAAGUCCUAUUCCCAUAAGAGUGAGUCUUAUAACAAGGACAAGGAUAAAGAGAAGUGGCCACUAGCAUGCUUCUUAUGUGAGGGGCCACACCGGGUGAGGGACUGCCCCAAGCGAUCCAAGCUCUCGGCCAUUGCAAGGGAGGAGCAGCAACCCGAGAAGGAGAAGGAGACUCUCAAGCUUGGAUCAAUCCUACUAUCCGUUGAGUCCAAGAAGCGACGUAAGAAGGGGCUCAUGUUCGUGGACAUAGAGGUAGCAGGCCACAAGGUGAAUGCUUUGGUAGACACAGGGGCCUCGGAUCUCUUUGUGUCCGAGGGAGGCGCCAAGAAACUUGGCCUUAAGGUGGACAAGGGCCAAGGUUGGAUCAAGACGGUGAACUCCAAGGAGGUACCGACCAUGGGAGUUGUACAAGGAGUCGAGCUCAAGCUAGGAGCAUGGUCGGGCAAGGACAACAUCGAGGUGAUCCCUUUAGAUGAUUAUGACUUCGUUGUUGUCCUUGAUUUUCUUGAUCGCAUCAAUGCACUCUUGGUGCCCUUUGCUGACUGCGUCUGCAUACUUGACCCCCGGUGUCAAUGCAUUGUUCCCGUGAGGAGGGAGACCGGGCAAGCUACCAUGACCCUAUCGGCCAUCCAACUAGCCAAGGGCGUGAGGAAAGACGAGGAGACAUUCUUGGCUGCACUCAAGUUGGAUGAACAAGCCAUGGAGAAGGAGCAAGCUCCGCUCGAGGUGCUCGAGGUGCUCGACUCAUUCAAGGACGUGAUGCCUAGGGAGCUGCCCAAGCGACUUCCACCCAAGCGAGAGGUGGAUCACAAAAUAGAGCUUGUGCCCAAUGCACAACCGCCUGCCAAGGCCUCAUACUGGAUGUCGCCACCAGAGUUGGAGGAGCUUAGGAAGCAACUCAAGGAACUUAUUGAUUGUGGCUUCAUCCGUCCAUCCAAGGCACCAUAUGGAGCACCGGUGCUGUUCCAAAAGAAGCAUGAUGGGUCCUUGAGGUUAUGCAUCGACUAUAGGGCGCUCAACAAGCUCACUUUGAAGAACAAGUACCCCAUUCCGCUCAUUGCAGACUUGUUCGAUCAGCUUGGAGAUGCGAGGUGGUUCACCAAGCUUGAUUUAAGAUCGGGGUACUAUCAAGUGCGCAUAGCCGAGGGGGACGAGCCUAAGACCGCAUGUGUGACACGGUAUGGCUCCUAUGAGUUCUUGGUGAUGCCCUUCGGCCUCACAAACGCUCCAGCCACAUUCUGCACACUCAUGAACAAGGUACUUCAGCCCUUCCUAGACCGCUUUGUUGUAAUUUAUCUUGAUGAUAUUGUGGUCUAUAGUCGUACCUUGGAGGAGCAUGUGGAGCAUUUGAGACAAGUCUUCGAGGUACUCCGGGCUCAUGAGCUAUAUGUCAAGAAAGAGAAGUGCUCAUUUGCCCAACGAGAGGUACCUUUCCUAUGCCACAUUGUGGGAGGUGGCCGUAUUCGUAUGGACCCGAGCAAGGUGCAAGCAAUCCUUGAGUGGGAGGCGCCCACUAAGGUGACCGAGUUGAGAUCGUUCCUUGGGUUGGUGAACUACUACAGGAGGUUCAUCCAAGGCUACUCACACCUCGCCACACCCUUGACUGAGCUACUCAAGAAAGGGAGAACGUGGGAAUGGAGUCCAAAGUGCCACUAG